AUGCCGCCUCGCGGACACUCUCGCAAGAGCAGCCGCCCGAUGACGCCAGCUACGCCGCGUGGGCGAGCUCCAUCAACGCCGCGAGGACAGCAGAAAUAUGUGCCGUACAAUACGCAGCCCGACCUGGUCGGAACCCGUACCGGCAUGCCCAUGAAGAAGGACGUACCCCGCAACGAAGAAGGAAUCGAGGACCCGGCAGCCUUCUUCGAUUCGUCGCCGCCUGCGCGGGGUCCACAAGCUACGCCAAAUGGCCGCGGUUUCCUUGCUUCAAGUCCCCCAUCGCCCCCGCCUCCAUCUACCAUCCGGCAGCGGCGGCGACCACGCCUGAGUGACAUGAACAAUGACUCUGACUCGGACGUUGACAGCUUAGUGGCUGAUGGGCUUCUCGACGACGAUCUUGAGCAGGAGAACAUCACCCCACCCCCACUAAUGCACCAAAGCUCCCCAAAUCCGCCGGCAUCUGUCCCCCAACGGCGACGCGACAUGGAUGACGAGGACAACCCCUUCCGUCCCGUCCCUGCUGAAUCCUCGACGAGGGCCAACGGGCUAAACUCGCCGUUUCGCGACGCCGACGCAGAUAUGGAUGGCCUCAACGACGCGUUCGACACAAACGACCUCGAAGCAGAAGUCACGGAACAGCUGGAAGAGACUCACCUCGGCGACGUUGACGAAGACUCGCAGCCCGUGCGCGCUCGCCGCCAGUCAGAAGGCUUCAAGGGGCCACAUCCUCCAUCGUCUGGUGGCGUUCCCGACAGCGUCACAGCCACUAGAGACGCUGAGCCCAUGGAUGACGCCAGUCACAGUGACGUCGGAGAGACGUUUGAUGACAACGGGCCAUCGGACGACGGCGACCACAGUGACGUUGGACAGCCGUUUGAUGACAACGGGCCCUUGGACGACGGCGAUCGAAGUGACGUCGGGGAGGCGUUUGAUGAUAAUGGGCCAUUGGACGACGGCGAUCUCAGUGACGACGGGGAGCCCUUCGCCGUCAAGGAGCCUGAGCCGAUGGACUUGGGCGACGACGAACCACAACCCCGCAGCGAAGACGACGAUGUGGAUCUCGAGCAGCAGGCUAUGGCGUACGAGAACGAGGAGGGAGACCUUCCCGAAGAAGACGACAGCCUCGAGUACCCGAAGCGCGGCACAAAGCGCACUUUCACUGCCACACCACAGAAGAAGGUUAAGCGCAAGUCACAGUUCGUGGGUGAGGGAGGCAACCAGUAUGUCGGCGACUUUGUCUGCAGACGAUCCGGUCGACACCAUAUCAAGCCCCUCGAGUGGUGGCGUGGGGAACACAAAGAGUGGGGACAGGGCUUGUACGGCCCAGAGAUCAAGAGCAUUGUCCGGCUACCAGAAACAGUCGCGGUCAAGCCACCAAGCGCGACUCGGAAAGGCCGCGGCCGUGGCCGUGGUCGAGGUCGCUCACAGACCGGCCGCUUGCAGUCUGCCUCUGCCUCACCUCCAGAGGUGCCUCCCGGCAUGGAGCACCUGGACAUCGAUCGAAACAUCGAAACAAUGGUCGCUGUGAAGGACUAUACGACAGGAGAUGAUGUCGUGAGGAAGGCGUUCUUACCGCAUUCUUUCAUCGAGCCGAAGCCGGUCAAGGGCGGUUCGUUCUACUACCAGAAGGCCUUUGGGGAAGACGGGUUCCUUGCUGGCGGUGUCGUCAUGAUUCCGCCUGGUGGUGAAAAGCCGGCCAAACCAUCCGGUGACAAUGCCUAUAUCUUUUACGUCACCAAGGGCGCUGUCGAGGUUAACAUUGCGGGCAAUAUCACGCCAAUUGGUCCCCAGUCGAUGUUCAUGGUUCCUCGAGGUAACAACUACAGCAUCGCCAACAAGUUCCAACACCCAGCCACGCUCGUCUUCUCCCAGGGUCGCAAGAUAUCCCAGAACGAAGAGGAAAGGACACAGUUCCUGGCCAAACAGGCAGCCGAAAGGCGGGUGGUGCGCGCGGAGCGUGAACGAGACCGCGUGGAACUGGACCCGGAAGAUUUCGAGGCAAAAUGGGCCGGCUGGGAUGACGGCUUGAUAUUGAGGGUGAUUGAUGACAUAUCGAGCGAGCACGACGACGACGACGACGACGACGUGCUAAGCGAUGAGAGUCUGAGUCGCUUCCUACCAGAUCAAGCACCAUUGCACCUUGGCACUGCCUCUGCUUCUGAUCGCUCCUCAUCCGUUCCAUCAGAACCAGAGAUGUCAAUCAAGCGGGGCCCUGGGCGACCACGCAAGAACCCAGAUGAACCAAAGCGACAGCCGGCCAAACGAGGACGGCCGUCGAAGAGGGGUCGUGGUAGAGCAUAG